AUGCUUUCUCCGGUGAGUUUUUGGCAAAUUUAUCGACGAAAUCAACUCCACCUCAUCAUCCUCUCGUACAACUGUUUCUCCAGUGAGAUCUCGACGACAUUGGGCAACGACAAAUCUGACGCCAUCUCCAAACCGGUUUUCUAUCACUUGAAGAAAUCAAUUUCGUGCACGUCUCAUGUGGCUGUUCCUACGGAAAAAAAGUUAAGUGUAAGAGGAUUGAAGACGAAGAAACAAGCUGGAGAGACCAAUAAGAUUGGGUGAUAACGUGAAGAGUCGUAAGUGAAAAGAGAAGAAGCUUAAGAAGAAGAGGAUGAAAUGUUCGAAGUUGUUUACAAGUCAUGGUCUGUAAUCGUGUAAAAUUUAAAGUUAGUAGGAUAUUUAAAGUUUUUGUACAAAACAAAUUCAUAUAUAAAAUAGUAG